UUAAUUUCUUCAAACUUUCUGAUUUUCCAAUGAGCCAAGAGAAAAUCAUGCAUUAUCAAGUGGAGCAGCCAACAUGGAGCUACUACAUGCGGCGAGUUCGGAGCAUGGAUGAGGAUCAAAUGGAGAGGGUGGCGAGGCUGGCCUCUCAGAGUGCUGUGGUGAUAUUCAGCAUCAGUAGCUGCUGCAUGUGCCAUGCCAUGAAAAGGCUCUUCUGUGGAAUGGGGGUUAACACAAUGGUGCAUGAGCUUGAUCAAGAUCCAAAGGGGAAAGAGAUGGAGAGAGCAUUGAUGAGGCUUCUAGGAAGCUCAACUACUGUUCCUGUGGUUUUCAUUGGAGGAAAGCUUGUUGGAUCCAUGGACAGGGUUCUGGCUUUUCACAUAAAUGGUUCACUUGUCCCACUUCUCAAACAAGCUGGAGCCUUGUGGCUUUGAUUCUGAGUCCACAUCAUGUAUUUCAAGUU